AUGGCUACUCUUUAUUCAUUCCAAACAAAAGAUGAUCUAAGGAAUGCACUUUACCAAUAUAUAAAAAAAGCAUACAAUGAAAGUAUCAUAAAACAUAAUAAAUUUAAUGUAGCUAUUAGCGGAGGAUCAUUACCAAAGAUUUUGGGUGAAAAUAUUGAAAACUUAAAUGGUAUUGAUUGGAAUAAAUGGGAAAUAUUUUUUGCAGAUGAACGUGUUGUACCGUUAUAUAGUCAAGAUUCAAAUUACAAACUUUGUUAUGAUGAAUUUUUUAUGAAACUACCUAUUCCCAUGGAAAAUAUUCAUACUAUUGAUGUGUCUUUAUUAAAUAAUCCAGAAAAACUAUCUAAAGCAUACGAAUCAGUAUUAAUGAGAAAAUUUCCUAUUAAAAACACAAAAAAAUUUCCAGAAUUUGAUCUUUUACUAUUGGGUUGUGGAGAAGAUGGACAUACAUGUUCAUUAUUCCCUAAUCAUAAAAGUUUACAAGAAAACACCUCUUGGGUAAUAUCUAUUACUAAUUCACCAAAACCACCAUCAACACGCAUUACUUUCUCACUUCCAGUUAUAACUAAUGCACAAAGAAUUGCUUUUAUUGUAUUAGGAGAAAAAAAGCGGGAAAUUAUGAAAAGAAUAUGGAAUUAUAUAGAAGAAUUACCAUGCUCAUUAAUUAACAUAAAAGCAGGCUGUAAGGUACUAUGGUUCUCUGAUAUUUCUGCUACUGAAUUGGUUGAUGAAAAAAUAAAAAAGCAGUUCAAGUUAUAA